UGCAGGUGGUUGAGCAAACGGCGUUUCCGCGCGGAGCUCCCUCGGCGGGUCCCCCCUCCUUCUCUUCCCCUCCCGCCCCCUUCCCCCGAGACCCCAGACAUGGUCGGCCGGCUUAGCCUGCAGGAUGUCCCCGAGCUCCUGGACAUGAAGAAGAAGGGGGACGGAGUACUGGAUAGCCCGGACUCGGGACUGCCCCCGAGCCCCAGCCCCAGCCACUGGCUGCUGGCCCCAGGCGGCGGCGGCGGCGGCUGUGGCGGAGGCGCGGAGCGGGGGCUGGCCCCGGGACUGCUGGAGCCCGACGCAGCAGCGCCCGGACCCACUGCCGCGAAUUCUGCCUUGCUACCCAAUGCCCUGGGUCCUGGCUGCCCUCCAAGGCUCUGCCCUCUGUCUUUUGGUGAGGGAGUACAGUUUGAUCCACAGCCUCCAAAGGAAAUAAGGUACACCUCCUCGGUGAAGUAUGACUCGGAGAAGCAUUUCAUCGACAACAUCUAUAUGCCCGUGGGUCUGGUGGUCUCCUCCUGCAGCCAGACCGUGGUCUGCAUACCCGGCUGCACCUGGCAGAACUACAAAGCUGAGCUCCGCUUCGAGCCCCGAAACAAGGCCCUGCGAUUUCUCAGCACCACCAUUGUCUACCCCAAGCACACUAAGACCGUCUACACCACCACCCUGGAUUACAACUGCAGGAAGUCCACGAGGCGGUUUUUGUCCAGCGUGGAACUGGAAGCCUCGGAAUGCCCAGCAAGUGAUUACCUCUUGGAUGAAUGCUGAAUGAGACGUCUGGGGGCGGGGGGGGGAUGGAAUGGAAGUUGGUCCUUCUGAGUGUGUUGCUCUCUUCUUUGAUCUUUCUAAGUGAAAAUGGGCAAUGCCUUUAUUACCCAGUCAUUUUCAACUCUGAAGCAGUCUUCUCUAUCAUUCUAGCUUCGUGUGUCCAGCCUCGGCAAAAGAGAGAGAUAAAAAUAAAAACCCACCUAUGGCAUCUUUUGUUACUGUGGGAAUUUGAUUUUAACUUUUCUUUUUAAAGGCAUUUAAUUUUCUUGGCCCACAGUUGCAUAUCCCCCAAAGUAUCGAUCAAAUAACAGAUAAAGGGAAUAUCUAAGUAAAAGGGAAAGUAGAAAAAAAAUCCCAACCUUUGAAAUAGGAAGCAUAGCUCCUCCUAUAUAUAGGGAAGGCAGAGCUGGUCUGUGGUGGAUUGUGGAAAAAGUCUUCUGGGGGGAAAGAGUGAGCUUCUCAUUUUAAGCAACUUCUGUUGGAAGUAAUGGGACUCAUUGCCUGAGCUGUCCCACCCAUAUGGGCUCAAUCUGUGUAAACUGAGGUCCAUGAGUUAUUUCUGUUUCAAUCAAAAUGCAGACCUUGUCCUUCCUGUUUGCUGAAGAUUCUGGAAUUUCCUAGAUCUUUUUCAACCAGUGGUUGAAAAAUCCCAGAAGCCUGUUCUAAGGCGAUGUUUCCACCAUGGCUGUCUUAUGAACGUUGCUGGAAGUCACUUGGAAAUUUAGUUAACUGGUCUCCGAAGACAAGACCAAAAGACUGGUUAACCAUUCCACUAGUCAUGAGGAAAGCCUCUUGUCUUCUUAUCCGAGGGCCCUGGCAACAAGCCUUGCAGUCUCUGGAAUCCUGCUAACAACGCCACAGACUCAUGGAACUCUUCUGAUAUGUGCAUUGGGGUUUCCAAAUACUUUCCUAGGCUCCAUAAGGCAAAACAUAGUGUGGCACAUAUUUGAGAGAAAUGUCAUUUUUAAGGCUGCUUGGAUGGAAUGCUUUUAGGAUUUCUCAGGAUUGAUGCCUUUUGACUCACAACUGGAAAUGACUGGCAUGGGUCACGUCUGGGUAUUAUUUAGGAGGGAAACAUAUCUAUAUACCCUAGAUUCUCUGGAAGCUUGUAAUAGUGUCCUUACUCAAGCCUCACACACGUUUUGUCCAAAGUAAGUUACAUUCAGAGCAGAAUCCCUGUUGCUUGAAGGGCAGUCAAUGCCUUAAGCUUAAUUCCAGGUGGCAGAAGAAAAAGAAAAUCUAACUUUGGGAUCAAAUUUGAAUUCCAAUCAAAGGAAGAUCAUAAUCAAAGCAUCCAACCUUGUUACUAUGACACAAGGUUUUGAUGUUUGCUAAAGGGCCAAAGGAUCCUCUCGGGUUCUCAACAUCAGCUAAGAUGAUCCCUAGAAAGAAAUCAGCCAGAAGAGAGCAUCUCUAUGUGGGUCACUCAUAGAGAUUCCAGGCAGGCAAACUGUCCCUUCUCUUAGGCCUCUGUACUCCUUCUGAAGCCCUUGCUCUCCCCCAGUGUUCCCCCUCAGUAUGAGUCCCCACUAACUUUGGCUCCUGUUGCCUGCCAAACCCCCAUUUCAUAUUAAGCAAGGCAGAGGUGGGAAGUGGAAGGAAGUGGGCAGGUCAUGGUACAAAAACAUGCAUCAGAGCAUUGAAUUACAGUGUGGAAGGGUCUUGAGCAGCCCAAGGAAGACAAGGAAACAUGUCUGGUCCUUCUUCUCUGGCUCAGGACCUCCUCCAGUCAAGGUGGUGGGCCUCUCUGAAGGCCUGCUGUGGUCCUCUCUGGAGCCAAAGCUUUUUAAUUCUCUGUUGAGGUUAAGAGAGCAGAGAGAUUUGGGCAGAAUCUAAGGGGGCUGUUCAGGUGACGCAGCUCAGGUAAGCUUUCUGAGGCAAAGGAAGUGGGUGGGUGGCUUUUGUCUUCCUGUUAGAAGGAGCAAAACACAGAUAGGCUCUUUGAGUAGUUCUAAUUCAGGCUCUCUCAACUACCAAGCUGUGGAACCUUGGGCAAGCCAUCUGAGUUCUUCAGGCCUCACUUUUCUCCUCUUUAAAAGGAGGUUGGAAUAGACAAUCUCAAGAGUGCAGAGACAAGCUCUAAAAUUCGGCAGCCCUCUUAUGGGCAUAGACUACCGUAAAUGGCAAAUAGGCCAUGCUUCUUUUCUAAAUAACUUAUGAUUACUUUUAAUGGCAUAGGUCGGUUUAAAAAGCAGAAAUGGUUGAUAUUCAAAGAACCCAACUGCCGUAUCUGGUGAUUUCUGCUCCCCUUCAUUGGGGGGGGCACUGGUAGUAAACUUUUAACAACCAGCUCUCAGGGGGAAGGGAAGCUUACAUACACACCUUUAAAUUUAAUCUGUAUCAUUCAUAUUUUCUCCAUCAUUUUCUUAAGUCUAGAUAAUCCACAGAACAGUAAGCCAAGCCAUGAUCUGUAGCUUUUACUGGUUUCCAAGGUGUAAAUGCUCAUGCUGCAAAAUUAACAAUGAGCUAGUUAGAGCUGGCUCCAGCAUACCCUUUCUCAUAAUGAAGUUACGGAGAUCAGCAUGCUUCUUUGGAGACCGUGACACCUUCAGAGCAGAAUUGCUCAAUGCUGAUUUCAAAAUUAUAAUAGACAUUAUUUUGUUUUUCUAAAUACAUGUUGAACUCAGGCCAAGUAGCUGACUUUGCAUUAAAUAACGUGAUACUGAACAGGGCUGCGGGAAGCUGGAGGGCUUUUGGACUCUAGAUUUCACUCCAGAGCCAAUCAGCGAAGUGCUGCACCAAUGUCCAUUGGCUACUUAUGGGCCAAUGAGAAAGAAUUCAAAUAGGGAAUUCAUGGUAAAAUCUUAGCUUUAUAAUAUGGAAGAACAGUGGGGGAGGGGCUGCAAUAUCAUUGUAAUAUGUAAUUUGGGUUGCUUGUAAAUGUGAUGUCAUUUAAAAUGUCGAGAAAUGCCUUUCAUUUUUUUUCAUUGUUCUGUCCAGAUAUUUUACUUGGAUUAAAUUUACAGCACAGGAACAAACAACCGACCUCACCCCCCCCCCCCAAACGGUAUUGUUGACUGAGCAGGAAGAGCCUCAUUGGGAGGAGAAAUCACUUUUCUGGCCAAGCAUAGAUUGGAUUUCUCAUCUGAGAGCCAUCCUUAAGUGAGAGUAUUGUUUAGGUGAAGAAGUUAAGUUUGCAGGAAGGUAGUGAGGUGGUUGAGAAGCCGUAAGGGUGGGGAGGUGAGUGAGCUCAGUGAAGACGUGAUUGUGAAAAGGAAAUGUUUGUGUUCUUUUAUCUGGAAGUUAUUCAGUGGGGAAUCAGCAGAGCUCCUUCUAGCCUUCCCUUUUCUAGCCGAUUUUCUGAAAGAGCCCAAGAAAGGCAGCCUAGGGCAACUGGACAUUUUCCAAGGAGACUUAGCUUUGGGAAACAUGGACUGAACGACCAAUACAUUCCUAUGGGAGCCAGGGCUGCCUCUGCUGUCACUGCUCCGCUUCUUAGAACCUAUUUAUUCAGAAACGCCUCCAGGAGGGCCAAUUUAUUUGUCUUGCCUUCAUUCAAAGUGGUUUUCGCUCUGUCUACUUGUUAACGAUGACUUCAAAGGAUUGCCAAGUUGACCUGUUAAAAAUGUGCACAAGAGUGACUAAGAAUCAUUUAUUUGUAUCUUAGGGGAGGCACUGGUUUCCUUUGCCAUUGUUUAUACUUUUAAAGAUUUUGAAGAGAAAGUACACUGAUCAAUCUCCCCAUACUCCAACCUUAGGAAACCCAGAAUGUUGUUUCACCGAAACUGUGGUCUUCUGUCUCUGGUCUUCCUCUUCUCCCUUUUCCACACCACUCCCAUUUGCUUGUUACUUUUUCAUUUAACAAUAAAUUAUCUGAAAUAUAACUCCA